UCCAACGAGUACCUCCAGCAGUGGAAGUAUAGGACCCGUGAUUAUCUGGACAUCAUGCUUCAACAGGAGGCGCCUCCUCCAGACCGGGUAUGUUGUUUGUGCGGUGGGGAUGGGACCCAGGAGUGCCAUGACUGUCAUGCCCAGCUGAUAUUCUGCAUGAAAUGCUGUCGGGUGGAACAUUCCCUGUGGCCAUUCCACCGGAUCAGUCAAUGGAACGGAGAUUUCUUUGAGAGGACCACUCUGACCAAGCUAGGCAUUGAGAUUCAUGCUGGCCAUGGGGGAAAGCCUUGCCCACACCAUGACUGGGAAUGGGAGGACAUGGAUGACAAGGCUGCAGCUGCCAAAGACUCGCCGGAGGUAAACAUACUACCUGCAGGAAAAACAGCAAUCAUGGUGGUGCACACUUUGGGUGUUCAUACCAUGUUGAUAAGAUUCUGUCGAUGCCCUGAUGCCGAAGCGCUUGACAAACAGCUUUUUAAAAUGGGAUUGUUCCCGGCAUCUUUCACCCGCCCGAAGACCGCAUUCACCUUUGCAUUGCUGGACGAUUUCAUCCUGGACAAUCUGGAGUGCGGGACUUCGGCAAUGAACUAUUACAGCAAACUCAAGCGGAUCACAUCCAGCAUGUUUCCGCAUUUAGUACCGCUGAGUCUCGGCAGAAACCAAUAUUGGGAGUUGAUGAGGGUGGCCAGGCAGUGGCAACAACUGAAGCUUUUGAAAUGGAAUGGAUUCUGUCAUGAGAGGAGGGACCUGAAGGAUGCAGAGCUGGCUCUUUUCUGCCCCGCUGUCAUGCAUAACACCGCAUGUCCUCAACCUGGGAUCAAUGUUGCAGUACCAACUGAAGAUGAUGCAUCGCCGAACAAUUUCAAAGCCGAACAUCUUCACUCAACACACCCAGAAGACGAGGUUUGGCUCACCGACUGGCAAUGUUUCAUGGUGGCAAGAGCCAGAUACCAAGCUCAUCUCACCAUCUCAAAGGACUCGGCCCAAAGGUCUGAAUGCAACAACCAUAGAGCAGUGAACCAGGCCAACGCCUCUAGGCACAAAUUGGAGGCCACCAGAAUCAGGGGGUGCGCCUGCGCCAGGCAUGGGUGCUUUGUUCUGAAUUCAAUGGUGGAUUUUCAAAAGGGAGAAAGAAGACAGAUGAACAUGGACUAUGCCCUAUGCAAUGCCCUGAGCUAUAAUACGGAUGGGCUUCGCCAGGCUUUUACAUUUUACGAUGUCAAUUGCCAGUAUAACAAGCACCUCCAGCGACGGGUGGACAAGAGCUUGCAUCUGACCAUUCCUUCCGGAAUGGAGAUCAUUCUGGGAAUUGGGCUGUGGCAUGUUCAUGGCCAUCAAGACAAAUGCUUCGCCCGGUCUAGAAUAGAUGGCGAAAUUAUGGAGACCCUAUGGGUGCCUCUAAAUAUCAUUUUGCCUUCAGCCCGGGGGAUGUCAACGCUGCAUAGACAAGAAUACUUGGACUAUCAGAUGAAUGACUGUAAUUUCAUGAAGAUGAUCCGAAUGGGUCAGUUAUAUUCACUAGCAUGUUUGCAUACUUCUGGGUGA